GGGGCUCGGAGGGGCGCGGCUCGGGACGCGGGGGGACUCGGAGGAGUGGAGGGGCAGCUUCCUGGUGCUCUACUCCCGCAGCGGGAAUGCGUCAUGCCUGCUGAAACUGAACUCAGGAAUGGAGGAGAUGGUGUGGGAGCAGUACACUGUGACCCUACAGCGGGACUCAAAGAUGGGCUUUGGGAUUGCCGUGUCGGGGGGGCGGGACAACCCCAACGUAGAAAACGGAGAGACGUCAAUCAUCGUAUCGGACGUGUUGGCGGGAGGACCGGCUGACGGACUGCUCUUCGAGAACGACCGCGUCGUGCUGGUCAACGCCAUCCCCAUGGACAACGUGCCUCACUCCUUCGCCGUUCAGCAGCUGAGGAAAUGCGGGAAAGUGGCCAAGAUUACAGUGAAACGGCCGCGGAAGGUUCCGGUCCAAUCCCUGAAGCGAUCGGCGUCGCAGGACGAGGAGGAUCAGGUGACCAGCGAGUACGACGACUAUGACCGGCGGAGCGUGCACAGCAGUGUGCACAGCAGCGGUCACCACGGCGACCCCGGCUGGCACGGGGGGAACGGGGGCGUGGGCUACCCCCGGGAGCGGAGCCGGGACCGCAGCGUGGAGAAGAGCGGCUACCUGAACCCCCACGACUACGACCGCGGGCGGGGCCACAGCCGGGGGCGGAGCCGGGACCGCGACAUCAGCCCCGAGGCGGACUACCGGCGACGGGACGGCAGCCGGGGGCGGACCCUGGACCGCGAGCCCAGCCCCGAGCGCCAACACCGCGGCGGCGGGCGCAGCCGGGGGCGGAGCACCGAGCGCGACCUCAGCCCCGCCCGCGGCAGCUACGGCCGAGAGCCCAGCUACGAGCGGCGGCGGUACGAGCCCCGCCCCCCCGAGCCCCGCCCGGAGCCCCGCCCGGAGCCCCGCCCCGAGGAGAGGGUGAUGAGGAGCCUCAGCAGGGACCGCCUGCAGGACCGCUCGCCCUCCCCCGACCGCCGAGCCCGCGACCGUAACCAUGACCACGAGCCGCUGGAGAAACCCGUCAACGUCCUGCUGGUGAAGAACAGACCUAAUGAAGAGUACGGUCUUCGCCUGGGCAGCCAGAUCUUCAUCAAAGAGAUGACGAGCACCGGCCUGGCUGCCAAGGACGGGAACCUGCAGGAAGGAGACAUCAUCCUGAAGAUUAACGGGACGGUGACGGAGAACCUGUCUCUGAGCGACGCGGGGAAGCUGAUCGAGAAGUCGCGGGGGAAGCUGCAGCUGGUCGUGCAGAGGGACCGCCGGCAGAUCCUGAUCCGCAUCCCGCCUCUGGCCGACAGCGACUCGGAGCCCGACGACAUUUCGGAGAUCGAGUCGUACCACUCGUACUCCCCCCCUGAGGACCGGCGGUCCCACCACUCCGAUCUCUCCUCGCACUCGUCCAACGAGAGAAUACGGGACAAGCCCAGGGACGACCCGGCGAGUGGGCUGGCCAAGAUGGCCGCCGUGCCGCCCGCCUUCAGAGCCCCUGACGACCACCUCCCGGGCCAGGACGAGAGGGAGGAGCCACGGGUAGAGGAGCCACCAGCCGCCGUUAACACCACCCCAAAAAUCCUGCUGCGUCCCAGCCCUGAGGACGAGGAGAUAUACGGGCCCAGCACGGUGAUGGUCAGCUUCCAGAAGGGCGAGAGCGUGGGCCUGCGGCUGGCCGGGGGGAACGACGUGGGCAUCUUCAUCGCCGGCGUGCAGGAGGGCAGCCCCGCCGAGGAGGAGGGGCUUCGCACCGGGGACCAGAUCAUGAAGGUGAACAACGUGGACUUCCGGGGCAUCGUGCGAGAGGAGGCGGUGCUGUUCCUGCUGGAGAUCCCCAAAGGCGAGGAGGUCACUAUUCUGGCACAGAGCAAGUCUGAUGUGUACAAGGACAUCCUGACGUCAGGGCGGGGCGACUCGUUCUUCAUCCGCACCCACUUCGAGUACGACAAGGAGACGCCCCAGAGCCUGGCCUUCACCCGGGGGGAGAUCUUCAAGGUGGUGGACACCCUGUACGACGGCAAGCUGGGCAGCUGGCUGGCCGUGCGCGUGGGCAAGGACAACCAGCUCCUGGAGAAGGGCAUCAUCCCCAACAAGAGCAGGGCGGAUCAGAUGGCCAACGUCCAGAACUCCCACAAGGGCACGGGGAACGACCGGGCAGAUUUUUGGCGGCUACGCGGACAGAGAGCGGCGAAGAAGAAGGACCUUCGGAAGGAGCUGAUCUCCGCCCCCGUCAGCACCCGUUUCCCCGCCUACGAGAGGGUGGUCCUACGAGAGGCUGGCUUCAGGAGGCCUGUGGUUCUGUUCGGACCCAUCGCAGACGCAGCCAAUGAGAAGCUGGCUGCAGAUCUCCCUGAGGAGUUUGUGAUAGCCAAGACGGAGCCCAAAGAUGCUGGAUCAGAGAAGUCCUCGGGUGUGGUCCGGCUCAACACCAUCCGGCAGAUAAUAGAGCAGGACAAGCACGCGCUGCUGGACGUGACGCCCAAGGCGGUGGACACGCUGAACUACACGCAGUGGUACCCCAUCGUCAUCUUCUUCAACCCUGACAGCAAGCAGGGCGUGAAGACCAUGCGCCAGAGGGUCCUGCCGGCGUCCAACCGCAGCUCCCGCAAGCUCUACGACCAGGCGGUCAAACUGAGGAAGACCUGCUCGCACCUCUUCACUGCGAGCAUCGAUCUGAACUCGGCCAAUGACGCGUGGUACGGCAGUGUGAAGGAGCUCGUCAGGGAGCAGCAGGCCCAGGCGGUCUGGGUGUCGGAAGGGAAGCUGAGCUCGACUGAGGCAGACCUCGAUCUCCACGACGACCGCAUGUCCUACCUGUCGGCCAUGAGCGCCGACUACCUGAGCAUGGACAGCCGGUUGGCCAGCGACUACGACGACACGGCGGACGAGGGCGGGGCCUGUACCGACAACGAGCUCGACGAGACCGCUGAGGAGCUGCACGUGUCCGCCAUCAGCCGCUCCUCUGAGCCUGUCCUGGCGGAGGAGCUCUUGAGAAGACCCAGCCCGGAUCACAGGGCGAGAAUCAGGAAUGUGGGGAGCAGGGAGGGGCCCCCUGAACCGAGCCCGCCCCCCUCUUUCGUCCCUGAUCCUCCCAAGGUGAAGUCAGGGUCCCGGGACGAGGCGUUUCGGGUAGGGGCGCAGUACGACCACAGCAGAGGCUACGACUCCCACUCCAGCAGUCCCACCAGCAGUUCCCACCCCCGCAGCCAGGACUCGUACGGCAGCAAACCCCUGCCCCCCCCCGUCGCCCUCAAACCCAGCUACGUGUCCCGCCCCAGGGCCGCCCCUGACACGCCCCCCCCGGAGCAGAGGGCACCGCCAGAGGAGAGUCCGGACGAACCCUCGCAGAAGUCCUUCCUGGGGAAGAUCAAGGCUUUCGAGAGAAUGGACUACUUCGCCCGAGCCCAGAGGAUGCUGGAGCUGCAGGAGGCCCAGAACGCCAGGGUCUGUGAAAUUGCUCAGAAGCAUCCAGACAUUUACGCCGUCCCUGUGAAACUACAAAAGCCUGACCUCAACCGACCACAGCCAAUAGGCUCCAGCUCGCGGCCCGAGCCCCAGACCCCGCCUUCCAAGAUGGCGUACUCGGAGAGCCGGCCGUAUUACCACAGUGAGGAAGAGGAGGAGGAGUACCGGCGGCAGCUGAUGGACCAGACCAAGCGGGGCUACUACGCCAACCCACAGAAAUAUCAGGACACUGAGCUGUAGCGGGUGGGCGGGGGAGAGAACCUGGCCACGCCCGGAUCUGCGCCAUCAACACCAUUCCGCAGGGCCCAGCACCUGCACCUUAUCUUAUCUGCUGCUGACCGGGAAGCCUUCCUUAAGUUCCACUCGCCCGUUUCGCUUCAAAGAAGUUCCAACUUAUCUGUCCUUAUGGAUGGGAAUCUCAAUCAGUGUUUUUUUUUUUCUUUUUUCUCUCUCUCUUUGUGUUUGGUCGUCUCUGUCCGUGUGCGUGCGUCUGUUCGUUUCUUGAUCAGGAACCACUGUUUUUUCUUGCCUAUGCAAAAAUAAUUUCAGUUUCUCCGGAGCGACUGAAACCCAUGUUGCCAUGGAUCCUCUUUGUCUUAUUCUGAACCGUUGGAUAUUCUGUGCGUCCAAAACUUUUUUUUUCCCCCCCUCUUUGUUACGUUCCUUUUUUUUAAAUAAAAAGAACUUAAAUAACAAGCAAUCUCAAGAACUAUUUUGAAAGGUCACUUGUAGUCACACAUUGUGUUUAUUAUUAUUAUUGUUAUUAUUAUUUUCUUUGCAUUCCUGCCUUUGUGAACAUGUUCGUAUAUAUAUGUAUACACAUGUGUAUAUGUAUAUGUAUACACACUGUAAAAUACACUGGAAAUUUGUUACUUUUUUUGAAGUGCCUUUUUCUUUAUGAACAACACUGAUAUGUGAUGCACCGGAGGGCUUGUGCACAGUACUGUAUGGAGCUCACAAGCUUACAGGACUCCCGGGAACAGACUACACCAAAACCUUAAAAAAAACUCCGCACCUACCUGUCCUUACCGCCCGUAGUGCGCCAGAUCGGGCGGUCCCGCCCCCACCCCACAGCUGUGGUUUCUGAGCGGAAGGGGUGGGGCCACCAGGCCUGAGACCGGGUGUGGUUGAUCCUGUGUACGUGUAUUCUCAUCGCCAUCUUUGUAUUAGCUUCCACACAUUCUGAAUGUUUAUAACGUGUGCUGGAUUGUACAUUUUUUCUUCUUCUUUUUAUUUUAUUUUUUUAAACUGUUAUCAGUGUGUAUGGAUUACAUUUCUUAAACAUAUUUUUAUUUUUUUGGACACCACGGCUUCCCACUUGGUUGUGGAGAUCACAGCGAGCGACUGGAUUCCAGGGGGUCCCUCAGGGGUCCUUUCCACAGCCGACCAACAGUGGAUCCCCUGGAGUUUUCACUUUACAACACCAAAUAAAAAUAAAAUAUCUUUAAUGUA